GUCGGAUUCUUCUAUUUAGUCAAUCAUGGCGUGGAGAAGAAACUGGUUGAUGAUUUGUUUGACCAUACACGGCGGUUUUUCAGCUUGCCGCUCGACGAGAAAAACAAGGUGCUUCAAGAUGAGAACAACAGAGGUUAUUCACCCCUGGAGGAAGAGACGCUAGAUCCCGCAAAGCAGAGCAAGGGUGAUACCAAGGAAGGGUACUACAUAGGCAGGGAGGUUUCAAAGGAUGAUCCGGAGAGCUCCAAGGCAUUCUGCGGACCUAAUCAAUGGCCAUCUGAAGGUAUUUUUCUUGCUGAUCACCACGGAAAUGAUCUCCUGUUUUUUCCGUGAUUCCUCCCCUGGCAUUAGGUAUCCUAUUGGUUGUGUCAGUAUCCAGCCUUAUCUCUACCUGCCCCUAUUCUUAGGUUUGUUACGAAUGACUGAUGGAACGAGCACAUGGUACCGGAAGCCAACUGCAAUUCCAGAUUUCAUAAAUGGUACCUCGAAGACGAAGCUGGAGCUAUGGCGCUGCAGCGCUCUAAGCCGCCGACUGCUCUCCUUACUGGAGAAAACUCUGGGGUUGGAAUCAGGGUUCUUCAGUCAGCCUGGACGUUUCGAUGCGCCUACCACGUUGCUGCGCCUCCUGCAUUACACAGAGGAGGUUUCAAGACCAGACACAGGCGUAUAUGGAGCGGGAGCUCACACAGACUAUGGCAUGUUUACACUUCUACUGACUGAUAACGUUCCUGGCCUACAGGUCUGCAGAGACAAGGAGGCAUCUCCACAGGUCUGGGAAGAUGUUCUUCCAAAAGAAGGGGCAUACAUUGUUAACCUCGGAGAUAUGAUGCAAAUAUGGACGAAUGGCCGAUACAGGUCAACCCUCCAUCGAGUUGUGAAAGGGGGCCAAGAGCGGUAUUCAAUAUGGGCCAACUACGUAUGGGGCGCACUUAAUGAGGCUGUACAAGGCCACCCAUGCCGGAUACAAACCAUCCAUGUGAAAGCGCACGUGUAUGCCAUUAGCCAUCGGAAGCCGGGUCUCCUACAACGGACGAGCUCUCCAUAGAAUGGCGUCGCAGUGUGAAUCCAAGAAAUGUCUCAGACAAAGUGUGAGAUUGCGGCAGAGCCGGGGCUGUCGAUUCAGCCCCCUUGACGAUUUGUCCUGUACUGAGAGAUUGCAGACUUUGCCGAGCCGAGAUAACGUUCUACCUACCCAUCUCCCACUGUGAACAGCAUCGUACAAACAGGCUGGGCCCCCCUCGCCACCUCCCCCGAGGCACAUGAAGCAGCCAACUUGGGGGUAUCCUGUACUUGCUUCUGAGAUUAUGGUCUGUUUUUCCCUCCCUUUAGUUUUUUACUUCUUUUUUCUUUUCUUUGUUUUUUUUCUCUUCUUUUUUUUCCCUAAGAGAGAGAGAGAGAGAGAGAGAGAGAGAGAGAGAGAGAGAGAGAGAGAGAGAGAGAGAGAGAGAGAGAGAAAGUAGAGAGAGAGAAAGUAGAGAGAGAAAGUAGAGAGAGAGAGGGAGGGAGUUGGGAAGGAGCGGUGUUUUCACUUUCUAUAUGAGAUAAGGCAUUAUGGGUGGGACCAUGAGAUCCCCAAAAGAAACCUCCAUCUCGAUGGGGACAGCCAGCAGGCAUAGCAUGCAUGCAUGCAUGGCAGAAUGAGGUGCUUCGUAUCCGGAGGCCGGGCUGGAAAGAGCUAAGGGCAAGGUUCUUCUUGGCCGGAUUCUUCUGUUUGUCGUGCCGUUAGUCCUCCCUCCACCUUGGAGAAUGCGGACAAGAGUAGCCUUUAGCCUUGCCGUCAUCUUUCACUCUUUGCUGCACACAAAAGCAAGAUAUGCGGGGACACCUUUCACAGCCUUGCAGGGCGUUUUUUAAGCUUAGUAGGACGUUUUUACAUGUAUAAUGACUGCAAUUAGGGCUAGACGGGGGUGAAUCUCACCGCAAUCACGUCCAGAGCUUGGUAGCAAAAGUCCUAGUGUGAGUAUGCUCUCAGUCUACACUCUAGAUACGGCGAUAAUCACCAGGCGUUCUGUUCGGGUGCUUGUAUUUAGCAAUGGCUUUGAUGAUUCGUCCAUUCAAGUUCAGCAUCCACCUUCAGGCUUCAGCUACCUCCUCCUCCUCCUCCUCCUCCUCCUCCUCCUCCUCCUCACAAACAAACACAAUUAGCGCUU